AUGGCAAAUUCUAUGGUACAAAAUUCUAAUAAUGAUGAUCUCCCUUCAAAUUUUUCCAAACUCAUCAAUCUACGUCAUCUUGAACUCCCUUAUGUAACGAAGAUUCCAAAGCACAUAGGAAAGCUAGAGAAUCUUCGAGCCUUGCCUUAUUUUUUUGUGGAAAAGCAGAAAGGAUAUGAUCUUAAGGAGUUGGAGAAACUAAACCAUCUUCAAGGAAAAAUUUAUAUAGAAGGGUUGGGUAAUGUCAUCGACCCUACAGAUGCUGUGACAGCCAAUUUGAAAGAUAAGAAGUAUUUAGAGGAAUUACAUAUGAAUUUCUGUGAUAGAAUAGAAGAAAUGGAUGAGUCAAUAGUUGAAAGCAAUGUGUCUGUCUUGGAGGCUCUACAACCAAAUAGAAACUUGAACUGUGAAAUUUGUUCCCUGUUGCCGCCACUUGGGCAGCUCCCAUUUCUUAAAGAGCUCCGUAUUUCAGAUUGUAAUGUAAUAAAGAUCAUCGGCAAAGAGUUCUAUGGAAAUAAUUCAAUAAUUGUUCCAUUCAGGUCUCUUGAAGUAUUGAAAUUUGAGCAAUUGGAGAAUUGGGAGGAAUGGUUAUUUAUUGAAGAGUUUCCUCUACUUAAAGAGCUUGAAAUAAGAAAUUGUCCCAAACUGAAAAGGGCCCUGCCUCAACACCUUCCUUCUUUAGAAAAAUUGAAGAUUGUUUGUUGCAAAGAGUUGGAGGCAUCAAUUCCCAAGGGUGAUAAUAUCAUAGAUUUACAUCUAGUGGGAUGUGAAAGCAUUUUGGUAAAUGAAUUGCCGACUAGCUUGAAAAAGUUAGUCCUUUGGGAAAGUCGGUACAUUAAGUUCUCCUUGGAGCAAACUUUUCUCAACAAUACCAAUCUUGAAGAGUUGGAGUUUGAUUUUAGAGGCUUUGUACAGUGUUGCUCGUUGGAUUUACUUAAUAUUUCUCUUCGCAUACUUUCUUUAAAAGGUUGGCGCUCCUCCUCCUUUCCCUUUGCACUACACUUAUUCACAAAUCUUCACUCUUUGUAUUUGUCUGAUUGCACAGAGCUAGAAUCGUUUCCAAGGGGUGGUUUGCCUUCCCACUUGAGGAACCUUGUAAUAUGGAAUUGCCCAAAACUGAUUGCUUCGAGAGAGGAGUGGGGUUUGUUCCAACUCAAUUCUUUGACAUCACUCAACAUUAGAGAUCAUGACUUUGAAAACGUGGAGUCCUUCCCCGAGGAGAAUCUGCUGCCACCGACUCUUCCCACCCUUCAAUUGAAUAAUUGUUCAAACCUAAGAAUAAUGAACUACAAGGGUUUUCUCCACCUCAAAUCCCUCAAAGGUCUCUCUAUUCAUAACUGCCCAAGUCUUGAGCGCUUGCCAGAGGAGGGUCUACGGAGCUCGCUCUCUAGUUUGUAUGUUACUGAUUGUCCAUUAAUUAAGCAGCAGUACCGAAGAGAUGAAGGAGAGCGUUGGCAUUUGAUGACACUAGGUCAUGCAUUACUUUUGGCUUAG